AUGUUGUCAUCGUUUCGUAAAGUCAAAGUCCAGAAAAUGGAUCCGAGUGGUGUAAAAGUGUUGGAGACAGCAGAAGAUAUCCAAGAAAGGCGUCAGCAGGUCCUGGACCGUUACCACAGGUUCAAGGAACUAUCUUCUCUAAGGCGCCAGAAACUUGAAGAUUCCUAUCGAUUCCAAUUUUUCCAGCGUGAUGCAGAUGAGCUUGAAAAAUGGAUCCAAGAGAAACUGCAAAUUGCAUCAGAUGAAAAUUACAAAGACCCAAGCAAUUUACAGGGGAAGCUGCAGAAGCACCAAGCCUUUGAAGCUGAGGUGCAGGCCAAUUCAGGGGCUAUUGUUAAACUGGAUGAGACUGGAAAUCAGAUGAUUAAUGAAGGCCAUUUUGCAUCUGAAACCAUAAGAACUAGGCUGCAGGAGCUGCACCGACUAUGGGAACUGCUGUUGGAAAAGAUGAGGGAGAAGGGAGUCAAAUUGUUGCAAGCACAGAAGCUGGUGCAAUACUUGAGGGAAUGUGAAGAUGUGUUGGACUGGAUCAAUGACAAGGAAGCAAUAGUGACCUCAGUGAAUGAAGUGAACCAGUUUGCUGGCAAACUUAUCCAGGAGCAACACCCUGAGGAGGAACUGAUAAAGUCCAAACAGGAUGAAGUAAAUGCAAGCUGGCAGCGUCUGAAGGGCCUUGCUCUUCAGAGGCAGGGAAAGCUCUUUGGGGCAGCUGAAGUUCAGCGUUUCAACAGGGAUGUGGAUGAAACAAUCAGCUGGAUUAAGGAGAAGGGGCAGCUGAUGGCCUCAGAUGAUUUUGGCAGGGACUUGGCCAGUGUGCAGGCUUUGCUGCGUAAGCACGAAGGCCUCGAAAGAGACCUUGCAGCUCUGGAAGAUAAGGUGAAGGCCCUUUGUGCAGAAGCUGACCGUUUGCAGCAGUCCCACCCCAUAAAUGCUUCCCAGAUUCAAGUGAAACGGGAGGAGCUGAUUGCCAACUGGGAGCAAAUCCGAACCCUGGCAGCAGAGAGACACGCCCGCCUUAACGACUCCUACAGGCUGCAGCGUUUUCUUGCAGACUUCCGAGACCUCACCAGCUGGGUGACUGAGAUGAAGGCUCUGAUAAAUGCUGAUGAACUUGCCAAUGAUGUGGCUGGAGCAGAAGCCCUUCUAGACAGACAUCAGGAGCAUAAGGGAGAAAUAGAUGCCCAUGAAGACAGCUUCAAAUCUGCUGAUGAGUCUGGCCAGGCCUUGCUUGCUGCUGGGCACUAUGCUUCUGAUGAAGUUAAAGAAAAGCUGACCAUCCUCUCAGAUGAAAGAUCUGCCUUGCUAGAGCUAUGGGAGCUUCGCAGGCAACAGUAUGAGCAGUGCAUGGACCUGCAGCUUUUCUACAGAGAUACUGAGCAAGUUGACAACUGGAUGAGCAAACAAGAAGCAUUUCUGCUCAAUGAAGACCUUGGGGAUUCUUUGGAUAGUGUGGAGGCUCUUCUAAAGAAGCAUGAAGACUUUGAGAAAUCCCUAAGUGCCCAAGAGGAGAAAAUCACAGCAUUAGAUGAGUUUGCUACUAAACUGAUUCAGAAUAACCAUUAUGCCAUGGAUGAUGUUGCUACACGCAGAGAUGCUCUGCUGAGCCGCCGAAAUGCCCUUCACGAAAGAGCCAUGUACCGCCGUGCUCAGCUGGCAGAUUCUUUCCACCUGCAGCAGUUUUUCCGAGACUCUGAUGAGCUCAAGAGUUGGGUUAAUGAAAAAAUGAAAACUGCAACAGAUGAGGCCUACAAGGAUCCAUCAAACUUGCAAGGUAAAGUUCAGAAACAUCAGGCUUUUGAAGCAGAGCUUUCUGCUAACCAAAGUCGCAUCGAUGCGCUGGAGAAAGCUGGCCAGAAGUUGAUUGAUGUCAAGCACUAUGCAUCUGAUGAGGUGGCAGCUCGCAUGAAUGAAGUUAUCAGCUUGUGGAAAAAACUGCUGGAGGCCACUGAGCUCAAAGGUAUAAAACUCCGUGAAGCCAACCAGCAGCAGCAGUUCAAUCGCAACGUGGAAGACAUUGAGCUGUGGCUGUAUGAAGUAGAGGGACACUUGGCUUCUGAUGAUUAUGGGAAAGAUCUUACUAGUGUUCAGAAUCUUCAGAAGAAGCAUGCCCUGCUAGAGGCAGAUGUUGCUGCCCAUCAGGAUCGUAUAGAUGGCAUUACCAUCCAGGCACGCCAGUUCCAAGAUGCUGGACACUUUGAUGCUGACAAUAUCAAGAAGAAACAAGAAGCUCUGGUAGCUCGUUAUGAAGCUCUGAAGGAUCCCAUGGUAGCUCGCAAGCAGAAACUGGCAGAUUCUCUUCGCCUGCAGCAGCUUUUCCGUGACAUUGAGGAUGAAGAGACCUGGAUUAGGGAAAAAGAACCUAUUGCAGCUUCAACAAACAGAGGCAAGGACUUAAUUGGUGUCCAGAACCUGCUAAAGAAGCAUCAGGCUUUGCAGGCAGAAAUUGCAGGCCAUGAGCCCCGCAUUAAAGCAGUCACACAGAAGGGAAAUGCUAUGGUGGAAGAGGGACAUUUUGCAGCUGAGGAUGUGAAAAUCAAGCUGAAUGAGCUAAACCAAAAAUGGGACUCUCUGAAAGCUAAAGCAUCUCAGCGUCGACAGGACCUCGAGGAUUCCCUGCAAGCUCAGCAAUACUUUGCUGAUGCUAAUGAGGCAGAAUCCUGGAUGAGGGAAAAGGAGCCCAUUGUGGGCAGCACAGACUAUGGAAAAGAUGAAGACUCUGCUGAGGCUCUUCUGAAGAAACAUGAAGCUUUGAUGUCUGAUCUUUCUGCUUAUGGCAGCAGCAUCCAGGCACUGAGGGAACAGGCCCAGUCUUGCAGGCAACAAGUUGCUCCCACAGAUGAUGAAACUGGGAAAGAGCUUGUUCUGGCACUCUAUGAUUACCAGGAGAAGAGUCCCCGAGAGGUGACUAUGAAAAAGGGAGAUAUUCUCACCUUACUCAACAGCACCAACAAGGACUGGUGGAAAGUUGAAGUUAAUGAUCGUCAGGGCUUUGUCCCAGCUGCCUAUGUGAAAAAACUUGACCCUGCCCAGUCUGCAUCCCGAGAGAAUCUCCUGGAAGAACAAGGCAGCAUCGCACUGCGACAGGAGCAGAUUGACAACCAGACUCUCAUAACUAAGGAAGUCGGCAGUGUAUCUCUGCGUAUGAAACAGGUGGAAGAACUGUGA